AAUGGUAACUCCUCUUCUCUUGUAAUUCUUCAUCAUUCAUCAGAUCCCAAAAUUACAAAUUCAAUCAAGUUCACACCCUCCUACCCUAAAUCCAAUCUCCGAUCGGCCGAUUGAUUGAUUCCACUCCUGCUCCUCCAUAAUGGCUUGCAUCAAGGGGGUGGGCAGAUCCGCCUCCAUCGCCCUGUCUCCCGACGCUCCUUACAUGGCCGCCGGAACCAUGGCCGGAGCCGUCGAUCUCUCCUUCAGCUCUUCCGCCAAUCUCGAGAUCUUUAAGCUCGACUUUCAGUCCGACGAUCGCGACUUGCCUCUCGUUGGGGAAAUCCCCAGCUCCGAGCGCUUCAAUAGACUCGCCUGGGGUAAAAGCGGAUCUGGAUCCGAGGAAUUCUCCCUUGGUCUUAUCGCCGGCGGCCUUGUCGACGGAAAUAUAGAUCUAUGGAAUCCUCUUUCUUUGAUCGGCAGCUCCCAGUCCAGUGAAAGUGCACUCGUUGGACAUCUUUCAGUUCACAAAGGCCCUGUUCGUGGUCUUGAUUUUAAUGUUAACAACGCAAACCUUCUUGCUUCUGGGGCUGAUGAUGGUGAAAUUUGCAUUUGGGACUUAGUAAAGCCUUCAGAGCCCUCUCAUUUUCCACUUCUCAAGGGUAGUGGUUCUGCUUCACAAGGUGAAAUCUCCUUUAUUUCCUGGAAUAGAAAAGUUCAACAGAUAUUAGCUUCUACCUCAUACAAUGGGAAUACUGUAAUAUGGGACUUGAGGAAGCAGAAGCCUAUAAUUCACUUUGCAGAUUCAGUUCGACGCCGGUGCUCUGUUUUACAGUGGAACCCUGACAUUGCUACUCAGAUAAUUGUUGCAUCAGAUGACGACAGUUCGCCUAGUUUUAAGCUCUGGGACAUGAGGAAUAUACUGGAACCUGUGCACGAAUUUAUUGGGCACCAAAGAGGGGUAAUUGCAAUGGAGUGGUGUCCAAGUGACAGCUCAUAUCUUCUUACCUGCGCUAAGGACAACCGAACGAUAUGCUGGGACACAAAUACAGCAGAGAUUGUGGCUGAGUUACCUGCUGGCAGCAAUUGGAAUUUUGAUGUUCAUUGGUACCCAAAGAUACCUGGAGUUAUAUCAGCAUCUUCAUUUGAUGGGAAAAUUGGCAUCUACAACAUCGAGGGUUGCAGUCGCUAUGGUGCUGAAGAGAAUAAUUUUGGUACUGCUCCUUUAAGAGCACCAAAAUGGUAUAAGCGUCCGGUUGGUGCAUCUUUUGGAUUUGGGGGAAAGCUUGUAUCGUGUCAUGCUAAGGGUCCUCCUAAGGGUGCUUCGAGCAUUUUAUCUGAGGUUUUUUUGCACAGCCUGGUAACAGAACAGAGUUUGGUGAGUCGAACUUCUGAAUUUGAAGCUGCAAUAGAAAAUGGAGAUAAGACUUCUCUAAGGGGUUUGUGCGAGAAGAAAUCUGAAGAGACUGAAUCCGAAGAGGAGAAAGAGACAUGGGGAUUGCUGAAAAUCAUGUUUGAAGAGGAAGAAAUUUCAAGGACAAAGUUGAUCAGCCAUCUUGGCUUUACUUUGCCUAUUGAGGAGAAGGAUCAGGCAGUAAAUGGGCUCUCCUCAGAUCUGAAUGGCAGAGUCAACUCUGGCGCAACCAAACGUUCUUGCUAACCAAUAUGAUAAUCAGUAUCAGCAACCAUACACGGAUUCAUAUAACCCAUACGUCCCUCAAGCUUCACAUCCACCCAUGCAGCAACCAACUAUGUUUAUGCCUCACCAAGCUCAGCCAGCUCCGCAGCCAUCUUUUACUCCUGCAAGCAAUGCUCAGCCAUCUAUGAGAACUACUUUUGUUCCUUCAACCCCCCCUGCACUGAAGAAUGCAGACCAAUAUCAGCAGCCAACCAUGAGUUCUCAUUCGUUCACGGGACCAUCUCACAAUGCCUACCCUGCUCCCCCGGGUCAUGGUCCAUAUGCACCUUCUGGCCCUUCACAAUUUGGGCAAUAUCCUAACCCUCAAAUGCCCCAAGUUAAUGCCUCAGCACCUGGGUCCAUAGGAUUUACGCCCAUGGCAACUCCAGGAGGAGUUGCUCCAAGAUCUGUGCAACCAGCAAGUCCUCCAACACAGCAGGCAGCCCCUACACCUGCAGCUCCGCCACCAACUGUUCAAACUGCAGAUACUUCCAACGUUCCAGCCCACCAGAAACCUGUGAUAGCAACGUUGACUAGGCUUUUCAAUGAGACAUCGGAAGCACUGGGAGGUGCACGUGCGAAUCCUGCCAAGAAGCGUGAGAUAGAAGACAACUCAAAAAAAUUAGGUGCUCUGUUUGUGAAACUCAAUAGCGGAGAUAUCUCCAAGAAUGCUGCCGACAAACUUGCACAGCUUUGUCAGGCUCUGGACAGCAAUGACUUCAGCGCAGCCCUUCAAAUACAGGUACUUCUGACGACCAAGGAAUGGGACGAAUGCAACUUCUGGCUGGCAACACUAAAGCGAAUGAUCAAGGCCAGGCAAAAUGUGCGGUGAUUAUUUAUUUUCUGGGUUAAACGAAAAUUUUAUAAAUCUAAAGGAGGGACGUUUGUAUCAGACUCCUUUUGCUUUCUUAAUUUUGUUCUUUUAAAACGGCGUUGCUGCUCCAGUCUUUCUCAUUGAUGAACUCAUCUGCUGCAUCAGUUACUAUUUUGUUUAGAUAAGAUAGAGAUGAUCAGAUUGCUUUACAUUCUCAUGUUUUUGGAUGUUACUUUACCCGACAAGUUUGUUCGUCUCUUUCUGUGAAUUUUGUUAGAUUUUUUUA